AUGGCCAACGCAACAGACUUAUCGCAGGACGCAUGGAGAAGCAUCUUGCUAUGCUCAUAUGCGAUAUACUUGUUGUCGAUCAUCGCAAUAAAAAACAAGCCAAAAACUUGGCAGACAAAGGAGCUGCUUCCCGAACCGCGGCCGAAGAAGGAACAACAAGAGAAGCUGGACAGAGUCUUGAACGAAGUUCGUAAAAUCUGGAGGCGACCUGACCCAGACCUGGCGUCGGGACAACUGGCCGAAAUGGAGCUUGUGAAACCUCAGUUACGGCGUGGGCUUUUGCAUGAGAGCAACCGGAGAACUGAUGUUCUCGAAAAAGCAGUGAGUGCAUUUGUUGCUGCGUACGCCUUGGGGGACGGAGUUCUACUUCUCCGAAGACCGAUUGGCGAACUCCUGGCAGAAAGGAUGAACCUGAUGCACAACGAACUCCAGGAGCAAGUGAAGAAGAACAGGUUCACACUGAAGCUGCGUGCACAGUUUACAGUUUUCGAUGUGGUGCCUUUGGCCAGCGUCCAAAGCAAGUACCAGAAGAUUGAGGUCCUAAAAUCGGAGUUCUUCGGAAACAUCCUGACCAUCGAUGGUGACCUUAUGCUUACGGAAAGGGACGAGUUCAUCUACCACGAGAUGAUUGCGCAUGUUCCGAUGGCCUACGUCCCCACGGCUCGGCGAAUCCUCGUUGUGGGCGGUGGCGAUGGCGGCAGUGCUAAGCAGCUCCUUCGGCGCGAGAGCGUGGAGAACGUGACUGUGGUGGAACUGGAUGAGGAGGUGGUCCGGAUCAGUCAGCAGUUCUUUCCGAGGCUGGCGUCAGCUUUCGGAGACCCACGCGUGGAGCUGCGCCUGGAGAGUGGCGCCUCCUGGGUCGAGCGACAAGUGGCGAGCGAGGGCACAGCGCGUGCCCACGAAGCCGACAGGUUCGACAUCAUCAUCGUCGAUUCUACCGACUUUGGUGCCUCGGAGCCCUUGUUCGAGGAGGCUUUUCGCCGCAGCCUCCGUCGGCUGCUUGCCAAGGGCGGUGUCAUCGUCAUCAAUCUUACCUCGCUGCCCUGGCAGCUGGGACUUGUACAGCGCAGUGUGCACCGCCAGCGGCUGCUCUUCAAGUACGUGCGCGUGUUUCAGAUUCAUCAGCCGACGUACACCUCCGGUCACUACUGUUUCCUCAUCUGCUCGGACGCUUUGGACCCGCUUGACUUAGGGGCCGUGGACUGGGAGAGCUACGAGGAUGAAGUCCUGGAGAUGGGGUACUACUCCCGGAAGGUGCACGAAGCAUCCUUCGCACUCCCGCAGUAUGCCGUGGCUGCGGUGUCCGAGGCGCUGCGCAACGCCGCGCAGGAACGGAAGGCAGCAGCCAGCAAGGACCACGCGGAGGAGGACCACGCGGAGCUGUGA